GAGGGAGCGCGGGCGGGCGGGCGGUGCACCCCAAGAGGCAAGGCUCGGGCUCGCCCUGGGGCUGGGAAGCGGAGGGCUUCGGCUUGCCCGGGGGCAGGACAAAGCGCCCUCCCUCCCCCGCCGUGGUGCGCGGUUGGAGAAGGGCAGGGCAGGCGCCGCUCUUGCGAAGGGGGCGUGUAGAGGUGGCCUGCUCCAUAGACUGCAGCGACUCGGAGAGGUGCGGGACUCUCUCCUUAAAAUCCGCAGAUUGUGCCCCCUCUCCGGCGUCCGCUUGGUCCUUUUGUGCCACAUGCACAAGGUCACACACACACACACACGCGGACCUUGGGGAAAUUCGGCAUAUCUGGCACGUCCUGUCUUUGCAGUCGCGUUUUCUCUUUGCAUUGAAACAAUGUCUUCAAAAUGGCAGAGGAUGGCAGCAAGGAGGCCGUGCUUAUCUGGUGUGAAGAUUGCAAUCAGCAUCAUGAUUCCGAAUGUCCAGAACUGGGCCCAGUGGUGAUGGUCAAAGACUCCUUUGUGCUAAGUCGGGCAAGAUCAUCCCUUCCUUCCAACCUGGAGAUCAGGCAAGUUGAAGAUGGGAUUGAAGGCAUUUUUGCAGUAACACAGCUGGUGAAGCGUACCCAGUUUGGCCCCUUUGAAUCAAAGAGAGUUACCAAACUGGAAAAGGAGCCAGCAUUUCCAUUAAAGGUUUUUCAGAAGGAUGGACCUCUAGUGUAUUUUGAUACAUCUAAUGAAGAUGAUUGCAACUGGAUGAUGAUGGUGAGGCCAGCCAACCAAUACGAACACCAGAACCUGUCUGCCUUCCAGCAUGAUAAUGACAUUUACUUCACUACAUCCCGGGACAUCCCACCAGGCACGGAGUUACGAGUGUGGUACGCUGCUUUCUAUGCCAAAAAAAUGGAAAAGCCCGUUCUAAAGCAAGUUUCUAGCAUUGCCAAUGACGUUUGUUUAGUAGUGAUGGAAUGUGACCAAGAAGAAAACAAAACUACUUCGAAGCCUCCCUGUUCCAGUGGCACUUAUUCUCUCAAAAAAUUAAAAUUCCCCCGUUCUAAACUUUCAGAGCAUCGCCGGAGUCACUUGGAGCAAGCCAAAGGAGCUCCACAGAGCAACCAAAAAGAUGCAGUUGCUGAAAAGGUUAUGGAGGCCCCCACUGCAGACCCGCCUGUAGCCCGUGAAAGUGCCAACACCGCAGUGGAAGGGAAAAGAAAACCACGAAGGGGCAGGAAGCCCAAAGUGGCAAGACCAGAAACUCCCAUUGUGAUUGUGGACAAUAAAGAGUCUUCUGAGGAACAUGUUGCUGAAAUUAUAACGGAGAUUCCACCUGAUGACGUAGCUCUUCCUCCUACAGAAGAAGCAAGGUUUAUGGAGGUGGUGUUAGCGAAGAUACCCAGUACUGCAAACAGUAGGAAUUCUAUAGCGAAGUUUUCUCACCAUCAAAGCUCCAUGUCCCUCAAGAGGAGCUUGCUCCUGUCCAGCCGACAUGGGAUGCGGCGCAAGAUGAUCAAGCAACUUGGGGAACACAAGCGCGUCUAUCAGUGUAACAUCUGCAGCAAGAUGUUCCAGAACAGCAGCAAUCUCAGCAGGCACAUCCGCUCUCAUGGUGACAAAUUGUUUAAGUGUGAAGAAUGUGCCAAGCUUUUCAGUCGAAAAGAGAGUUUGAAGCAGCAUGUUUCAUACAAGCACAGUAGGAAUGAGGUUGACAAUGAAUACAGGUACAAGUGUGCUACAUGUGAAAAAGCUUUUCGGAUAGAGAGUGCGUUAGAAUUCCACAACUGCAGAACAGACGACAAGACCUUUCAGUGUGAGAUGUGCUUCAGGUUCUUUUCCACAAACAGCAACCUCUCAAAACACAAAAAGAAACACGGGGACAAGAAAUUUGCUUGCGAAAUCUGCAACAAGUUGUUCUACCGGAAGGAUGUCAUGUUAGAUCACCAGAGGAGGCACCUGGAAGGAGUGAGGCGUGUGAAAAGAGAGGACUUUGAGCACAGCACAGAGAACAUGGUUCGCUACAAGAAAGAACCUUCUGGGUGCCCUGUUUGUGGAAAGAUAUUUUCAUGUAGGAGCAAUAUGAACAAGCACCUCCUGACCCAUGGAGAUAAGAAAUACACCUGUGAGAUUUGUGGCCGCAAAUUCUUCAGAGUAGAUGUGCUCAGAGAUCAUAUUCAUGUUCAUUUUAAGGACAUAGCAAUCAUGGAUGACCACCAGAGAGAAGAGUUCAUUGGCAAAAUCGGAAUAUCUUCUGAGGAGAACGAUGAAAACUCAGACGGAAGUGUGGAUUCCGAGCCUCACAAGUAUAGCUGCAAAAGGUGCCAGUUGACGUUUGGCCGAGGAAAAGAGUACCUGAAACACAUUAUGGAAGUUCACAAGGAGAAAGGCUAUGGCUGUAGCAUCUGCAACAGACGCUUUGCCUUGAAGGCAACUUACCAUGCGCACAUGGUCAUUCAUCGGGAGAACCUGCCAGACCCCAAUGUGCAGAAAUAUAUCCAUCCAUGUGAAAUCUGUGGAAGGAUUUUUAACAGCAUAGGGAAUUUAGAACGACAUAAACUUAUUCAUACAGGUGUGAAAAAUCAUGCCUGUGAACAGUGCGGUAAGUCAUUUGCAAGGAAGGACAUGCUGAAAGAGCACAUGAGAGUCCAUGAUAAUAUUCGAGAAUAUCUGUGCGCAGAAUGUGGCAAAGGCAUGAAAACAAAACACGCCUUGCGGCACCACAUGAAGCUUCACAAAGGGAUAAAGGAGUACGAAUGUAUGGAGUGUCAUCGGAAGUUUGCACAGAAAGUCAACAUGCUGAAGCACUACAAAAGGCACACAGCAGGAAUCAAAGAUUUCAUGUGUGAGCUCUGUGGGAAGACGUUUAGUGAGAGGAAUACAAUGGAGACUCAUAAGCUCAUUCACACAGUGGGAAAGCAAUGGACUUGCUCAGUGUGUGAUAAAAAGUACGUCACAGAGUACAUGCUUCAGAAGCACAUUCAGCUAACUCACGACAAGGUAGAAGCGCAGAGUUGUCAGCUCUGUGGGACGAAGGUUUCCACCAGAGCUUCAAUGAGUCGUCACAUGAGGCGAAAACACCCAGAGGUGCUUUCAGUUAGAAUUGAUGACUUGGAGCAGCUCUCAGAAACCACAACUGUUGAUGCUUCAUCCAUAGGAAUUGUACAGUCAGACCUAGCCCUGGAACCAGGAGAGUUACCGGAAGGCAAGCAUAUGAAGGUUCAUAAACGUGGUCAUAAACGAAAGCAUAAGCCCGAUGAAGAGGAAGAAACCCAAGUGCCUGAGGAUUCUGCCUUCAGUGAAUACACAGAAAAAGAAGUGGAAUUCACAGGGAAUGUGGGAGAUGAGACCAAUUCAGCUGUGCAAAGCAUUCAGCAGGUGGUGGUGACUCUCGGAGACCCAAAUGUCACAGCCCCUUCUAGCUCUGUUGGCCUGACCAAUAUUAGUGUUACCCCCAUCACUACACCAGCUGGAACCCAGUUUACAAACUUGCAGCCUGUGGCUGUGGGCCACCUGGCCACUCCCGAGCGCCAGUUGCAGCUAGACAAUUCCAUCCUCACCGUGACGUUCGAUACAGUCACCGGUUCCGCCAUGUUGCACGGCAACCGCCAAAAUGAUAUCCAAAUACAGUCGCAGCCUGAGCCGGCAAACCCCCAGUCAGUCGCCCAUUUUAUAAACCUGACUACUCUGGUGAACUCCAUCGCUCCGUUAGGGAGCCAGAUAUCGGAACAGCAUCCCUUAACCUGGAGGGCGGUGCCUCAGACGGAUGCCCUUCAAACACAGGCCCAGCCCACCCAGCAGCAGCAGGCGGGGCAGCAACAGGUUCAAACAGAACAGCAGCAGCAGCAGCAGCAGCAGCAGAUGUACAGCUACUAACUUAUACUUGUAAGGAGACACCAGACUGUGAAGGGGCUUGUAGGAGCCCAUGGGACACAUACACCGCAGAAUCGAUUGCUGGAAACCAAACAGAGGUGGAGGAAAGAGCGCGUGCAAUGAGGGCAUGCUGAUAUCGGCCCAACAGCUUGAAAGGCAGAGGCCUUCAGAGUCGCUACCAACGCCAGCCCUACUCAAAAUAUGGGGUGAAAUCAGCUGCUGGGAAUAGCGAGAAGUCUGAGGUCUUGGGGGCUGUGGUACAUUUGGCAAGGAGACAGGGAAAUAAGAAAUAGUAAAUACAACAGCAGUAUCUUCUAAAACUGUACAGCAAGAGCGUUUAAGUCACACUGAGUUAAGUUGCGACCAACUUGACAGCAGGAUGUAAGGAUGUAAUUGAGCAAAUAAGAAAUGUUUCUGUUUUCCUUAGACCAUUCCUGUAUCUAAUGGAACGUUUGGGGAAAAUAAGUGGGUGGGGAUAGUCCGUGAUGUGAAAUGUGCCUCAUUUCAUGAAUCAUUUCCAUGUUGGUGAUGGAGAACUCACUUUACCAAUAAGACAGCUUGGGUUGUAACCUGGGGGGAAAAAUAGCCAGUCUGAUGUUAGAGCAACAUUUAUGGUCUUCUGUUUAGUAAAAUUAAAACUUGAAUCAAGCUUGUUGUGGACUAAACACUUAAUGUGAUAACAGAAUCGUUUACAGAACUGCUUGUUGAUUAAAUAUUACAUUUAGCUAAUAGAUCUGAAAGAGCAGUUCUUCCCAUUGAAACUGACUUUGCCAAUUAGUCUUCUAUCAUGUCAUAAAUAUUCGGGAGUCAUUGUUCGAUAUUACCCUUUGCACUUCGCACUGUAUUCUUGGUGGAUAUUUACAAAUUAAGGGGCACUUUUUAAAGUGAUCUCAUGUAUUUUUUCAUUAUUUUCUUCGUAAUAACUGAUACAUGAUUUUGCUUGAGGAAAAUCUGAAAUGCACAGCAACAAAUUGCCUGGGUACAAGUCAUAAUAUAAUACCGUUUGUAGGUUAUGUUGACCACAAGGAGGCAGCCUAGACUAAAAUUAAUGAAAAUCACUUGCUUUGAUAGUUAUAGAGCUGUUGUAUCAUCUGUUCAGGCAGAAGAGGGCGUGUUUUGUUUUGCAUCCGUAUACAAUGUAUCUGCCAUAUCAUGUGUUUAAAUACAAAUUCAAUCUUCAUCUUUUAUGGAAUGACUUAAAGAGCGUACCAUCAGAAAAUAAAGGAGGAGGAGCCCAGCAAUACACAAAGAAAAGAAUGAAUAAGCAUUUCCUUUGCCUUUGUGAACAACUGUUCUAGCUAAAUGAUAAAGGAAAAAUAAGAUUUGA